GUGGCCUUCUUCUUGGUUGCCUCUAGUCUCCCCUCCCCCAUGCAGCUUUGUCCAAUCCCUGCCAGAGCACAACUCACCUGAAAGGAUUUGCAUACUCAUCGCUGAUUGGCCAGGUGAAGGCACUCUGCCUCAGGCUUCCUCUACCAAUGGCGAUGGUGUUGCGUGACUCAUAGGGAGAGGACAAGUUGCUUCACUAUACUUCUCCUUUUCUGUUUGAAACAGCAGCCAUUGCAUUGUCUUUUUUUUCCCCCCUCCUCUCUACUUUUGUUUUGUCACUGAGAAAGAGGUGUGGGUCUGGCAAGUCCUCAUCUCUAGACACCUUUCUACUCAUCUUAAUACGUCUUGGAUUAUUCACAGUUUCACCCUUUGUUGUGUAUCUCUCUCUGUUUUUUCAAUGGUUGCUGAGAUCGAAACUUGUUUGAUCGCUAUAAUGGACCUUGUCAUCCGAACCCUGUGUCUUUGAGGUGUAGAUGCUCCAGGCACAGCGGGGCCCAGCCUCUGUGUCAGAGAGGGACGAGGCUGCUCCCACCUGGGCCACGGCACUCCUCUGAAACCCAGCUCACGGUCUCUCACAACUCUAACUGCUCAGAUUAAACAGGACGACACAGAGGCCAUUUUCUGAGGUGAAGCAGAGAAUAAGGAGGAGGAGUAGUCACAGUGGGAAUACUUUAUUCUGCUCUCUGCUCUCUGAACUCCACUGUCAUGACGACUGCAGUACAACCCAGUGAACUGGUAUUUGAAUUUGCCAGCAACGGGAUGGACGAAAUCAAUCAGCUGGACGACCCGUCAGUAUUCCCAGCAGUGAUUGUUGAGCAGGUGCCCCCAGCUGAUCUGCUGCAGGUAUACUCAGGUCUCGAAUCUGACGAGGUGACCAAUGGUAUCAUGGUGGACACCACUCUCCAUGUGGUGGAGGGACCAUCCAUCUUGGCAGGAGGGGUGGACCUCCCAGAAACAACAGUUUCAGGUGCAGAAGACAGCAUGGAAACGAACGAAGCUGCAGCAGCUCUUCUGAACAUGGAGUCUCCAAACAACAUUUUAGAUGAGAAGCGUAUGAUUCACACCUACAGCACUCUGCUGGAGUCAGAGCUGACGUACGCCCCACUGAGGCCUGACCAGAUGGACAAUGUUGCCCUUGACAUGUCGCUAGAUGAGGACACCUCGUCCAUGGAUGAGAUUCCUUACAAGUGCCCCUCAAAACCUCAGAAAAAAAACAAAGUGCGAAAGCCCCGGGCGGUGCGUCCCUGCUCUCCUAUCACCACCCCUAACCUGCCACUCAGAAAGAAGAGCAAAGAGGGCAAAGGCAACACCAUCUACCUGUGGGAAUUCCUUCUGGCUUUACUGCAGGAUAAAAACACCUGUCCUAAAUACAUCAAGUGGACACAGCGUGAGAAAGGCAUUUUUAAGCUGGUGGACUCCAAGGCUGUUUCAAAGCUGUGGGGAAAACACAAGAACAAGCCUGACAUGAACUAUGAGACCAUGGGGAGAGCUCUCAGGUACUACUAUCAGAGAGGGAUCCUGGCUAAAGUGGAGGGGCAGCGACUGGUCUAUCAGUUUAAAGAGAUGCCAGCUGAUCUGGUGGUGAUAGAAGAUGAAGACGCAGGCUCUGAUGCCAACCCCACCUAUGGCAACCAGAGAUCUACCAAUGGGCGGUCUAUAGUGCGUGGAGGUUCUAAAGGGCACGGAAAGGCUCAUAGUCAACAUCAAGUGUCAGCAAAACAGAUGAAGAAAGAACCCAAUGAUGAAUAUCUCUACCAGGAAGCUAAUGGUGGACACCUCCUUCAUAUGAUGCAUGACCACCAAGGAUCAGGUGUCCAAGAUGCAGCACAAGCUAUGAGAACCAUUAGCUGUCCAACAUCUGUGUCUAUGGUGCUGACGUCUUCCGGCUCUCUUCAGUCUGUUCCCCUCACUACUGUUCUGGCCAAUGGGGACUCGUGCCACUCCUCCCCUCCUCGGGUUAUUCUCCACACCAUGCCCUCCACGACAGCAGGUGGUAAAGAUGUGCUCACCAUCCAGACAGCCUCUCUCACAGGUGGAGCCAACAGCCUGCAGGACGGCCACCCGCAGCAGCUUCUGGUCACCAGUCUGGGCUCCUGUCCCAUUUCCUCCACCUCCUCUUCCUGCACCACCCCUCCAGGAGUCAUUAGUUCCGCCACCUCCAGCUUCAAUGGUCUCCCCCGCCUCGUCACCAUCAACACCACCAGUGGGCAGACCAUGGUGGCGCAGCAGCCUGGCACUGUAAUUGCCACUGUGCUGAAAUCCAGCGACCUCUCCGGGCUUCAGGUCAAAGAAGAGAUGCUGGACCCCAACUACUUUCAGUCAAUUGUAAAUGGUGAUCCAUCACUUGCGGCACAUACAUUUGAAAGAGAAGAGAUGGAAGCAGGGGAGGCAGAGCUGCAGUACAGGACUGUGAUCAUUGAUACCAGUCAAAGCCAAGACCUGGAGGCUCCAAGUGAAACUAUAACUAAUGGACAUUCCUCUCAGAGCAGCAGUCCUAGUGAGGGUCUGACCCCUGUGGAGGAGUUGGAGGUGCGUGGGGAGAUGUCCCUGCAGCCUGAACAGGGAAUCAAAAGCCUGCAGGAGUUGCCACUGUCUAUUCAGUUGCCUGCAAACUUUAUCCAGAUAAAAACUGAGCCUGCAGAGGCCUAGGGCUGGAGCUGGAGGACUCUUCCACAAAAGCUGAACCAAAAACAAAAACAGAAUCCAUUUGACAACAGUCGUCCUCCCACCCCCCACCCCAGUGAUCUGAUUAAACGUCAUAAGUGAGGGAUCUUGCGGCAUGUUGCUCUUAAAUGUUGGUCAGUGCAGCCUCAGGAUUUAUUGUUUAGUCACAUAUUGUGUGACCAUGUGCCUAAUUUUAGAAAUCAAGGGAGUGAUUUUUUUCCCCAAGAAGUUAAUAUUGAGAUUAUCUUCUGUAGACAUGAAGCCCAACACACAGACACAUGUACAAACACAAAAUGCCUUUCCUUCUACGGGAACUGCCAUUGGAUAAACUGGGGAUUCCUGUCUACCAAAUGUGCCAGUUAGUUAUUUUUUUUACUGUACAUCUCAUUGGACUAAUAUGUUUAAAGAGGAGAAAGCAACAAACCAAAAACGUGUACUGAAUGCCAAAAGGUGGAAUGAAAUAAGAGGAUGUGUGUGUGCAUUCUCCUUUAACCACAUACAAGUUUCUGCCCCCAUGGAUGAGGGAUUGUUGUAGUGUCAUGGCUAUAUCCAAUUUGCUGAAAAGACACAUCUCAGAGUUGAAUUGAAGAGUGCCUUACAGGAAGUAAAACAGCUCAAGACCCUUUUUUUUUGUAAAGAUCUCUGCAGUUGAUGAAAAACUUUUUUUUUUCUUUGACAUCCAGUAAUUUAAUAUUCAUUUGUUUUGCUAGAAACAGUGUAGGUAUGCAUACAUUCUAUUAGUUGUGGCCUUUAAACACUGUGUUACUAUGGAAAUGGGCAUUUUCUGUCCACCAAGGACAGUGUAACAUCAAAACUAUUUGUAUAGAGUUGCAGACUGGAGGCACAGCAAGAUAGGGAGGCACAAAUGGAGAGAGAAAAUAUGCAGGAUAAAACAGAUUUUAUCAGCCUCUGCCUCAGAGGCUCCAAGGUUUAAAUCCUGUUUAUGUAAAAUGGAAUAUAAAUAAAUCUAUAAAUAUAUAUGUACACAUAUAAUAUACAAUUGAGAUUCAAUUUUAAGGCCACAACAAAUUUAUUUAUUUUAUGAAUUCCUAAAUUCUGUAAAAAGGCACAUUUGUUUUCUAUUUACAUGUGUAAACAUGAGGGAAAAGAAUAUGAAUGAUAAUACCAGAAAGCUUAUUUAGUAGUUUUUAAUCUUAGUUUUUUUUUUUUUUUAUUUGUAAGACCAACAUUUUUCAUUUGUAUAGCAUUCCAUAUAACCAGCUUGGGUAUUUUGUUGAGUUCUGGACUAGAUUGUUCAGGACACCAUCAUUAUUCCACUGUUAUAUUCUCUUGUCCAUAUCUUCUGUUAUAUGUCUGAUUUAAACAUGUACUGAAUGCUUUUUGUUCCCACUCUUCAGCGGACAUACCUCUUUUUCCAACAGUCAAGCAAUCGAGGCUAUGCAUUUAAAAAUAUUAUGUCGUCUGUAUUGCAUCAAACAUCAAGUGUAUCACUCGGUGCUGUAUGUCUUUGAAAUCUAACCUUAAAUAUCUGUAUUUGUUAGGCAAAAAGAGGCCCCAGUGCAGCUUUAAAGCUCUACUUCUUUCUUUGCCCUUCUCAGCUCUUGUCUUCUGUCCUGGUCUUGGAUCAGUUGAGCCGGUGCCUUAUUUUCUGUCCCACUUGGUUAAGAGUUUCUCAGGCCAGCCAUCUGAUUGGCAGAUGAUCCUGUUGGGGAUGAAGUCAGAUACUCUGAAUGUAUGCUUAUUUUUCUUUUAAAUUACACAAAUGAUCAAAUCUAUGACAAUCAGUCUGGGUUACAUUUACAAUAAAAUCUGUCAGGCUUUCCAUGGAGAUAUGCUGCUUUUUUUAAAGCUGCGAAUUGUAUAUAUUCAUGUAUCCUCUCUGCCUCUUCCUUAAAGCACUGUUGUCUGUGAAAUGCUGAGGUAUGUCCACUGUGUUUAUGUUGCUUCCUUGUCUUGGGUUGUCAAUGGCCUCUUUUGUUUGAAUUUAGAAUAGAUUUUUAAGAAAAAGUCAAUAAUCUAAUUAAAAACAAAAUCUUUUACACUGA